AAGAGGCCCCGUUUGUAAUUUGAAAUCCCUCCCUCUCCCAAAGAGACGUUAGAAACUUUUCACCUUUUUCACAAUAAUUUAAUUUCUGGAAGCAAUUUUCAAAAACAUCACAACGCUUUGUUUUUUGUUUUUUGGGUUUUAAAAAUUAAAAUAUAAAACCCCAUUUAAUGCUUCAACUAUGCGUCGUCUGUGCCUGCGUCCACAAGAGAGCUUCUCUUCUCUCUGAUCAUUACUCUUCCGACCACUUCUCUUCGAUUCAGAAACCCUAAACCCCAGACUUUCUCUGCAUUUAAAGGAGGGGGAGAAGGAGAUCCGGGGGCGCUUCAGAUCUCAGUCAUCGUUAAUUCCUCUGCAGAUGGACUUCAUAAUAUUGGACAAAGUUUGUCUUUUCCAUUUGCUCUUUGAUUUAUAAAUGUUGAAGUAGUAUUGAUUUGUACAUGAGGAAAUGGGGGUUGAGAAGCACGGCUCAAAGGGUGGAGGAAGUUAUGUUGGUGGUUUCUUUCAGUUGUUUGACUGGAAUGCAAAAUCUCGUAAGAAAUUGUUCUCAAGCAAGUCUGAUUCACCAGAGAGAUCAAAGCAGGGGAAGAGAGGCGAUACAAAUUCUCCAAUGACACGGCUUCAUCUGGUGGAUGAGGAUGAAAGUGGAGCAGGUUCGAGUAUAAAAGGAAGCAGUGAUUAUAGUUGUGCUUCAUCUGUUACUGAUGAUGAAGGAUUUGGAGCCAAGGCCCCUGGGGUGGUUGCCAGGCUUAUGGGAUUGGAUUCAUUGCCCACAUUCAAUUCAGUUGAGCCAUAUUCUACCCCAUUUUUUGAAUCACAAUCUCUUCGAGAAGCUCACUCCCACAGGAGAAACCUUGAUUUUCACCACAACCGUCCUGGCAUGGAUUCUCGCAAUUUGCGUGGAAAGGUGGAUGGCCCUGCUCGGAGCAACAUGGAGCUAAGGCCACAAAAGCUAACGAAGCCAAUUGAGAAGUUUCAAACCGAAGUUUUGCCUCCUAAGUCAGCCAAAUCAAUUCCAAGUACACACCAUAGAAUGUUGUCACCAAUCAAGAGCCCUGGUUUCGUCCCAACUAAGAAUGCAACGCAUAUAAUGGAAGCUGCUGCUAAAAUUAUUGAGCAGGGACCUCAAACUACUACGAAGGCAAAAGUAUCUACAAUAGGGUCAUCAGUUCCCUUGAAAGUUAGGGAUCUGAAAGAGAAAGUGGAAGCUCCCCAGAGGCCAUCCAGACUUGCUGAAACUCCUCGAAGGCCAAUUGAAUCCAAUGCUGCCAAGUAUCUCAAGGGACAGUCUUUGAACAAGAGCUGGAAUGGAUCAGUAGAUACAUCAUUCAAGGUGUCUGGAGAGACAGAAGAAAAUUCAUCUGGUUUAAAGAAUAAAGGGAAAUCUAUUUCACUUGCAGUUCAGGCAAAGGUCAAUGUUCAGAAACGAGAGGGCUUGAACCCAAGCAGCAGUAGAAGCUUAGAGAGGGUUAAAGAACAGAGUGAGGUUAAGUCAAGCCAGCCAUUCAAGAACCAAUCAAGUAUGCAGAAGAGUACAAAUAAAAAAUCUUCUAGUCAUAGUGCUUCUGCUGUGCUCAGGCAGAAUAAUCAAAAACAAAAUUGCAUAACAGAUAAAGACAAGUCAUCUUCAAAGCCCUCGGUCUCUAACUUGCAAGGAAGAAAAGCAGUUUCCGUGGAAUCUUCUGUUGGACGACAGAGAAAUGCAAGUAAAUCCACAGCGAACCCUAAAAUUGGAUCAAGGAAGUCAAGCUUAGAGCUUACAGACAGUGAACAGGAAGUAUCAUACUCUAGAAUGAAGAAUCUGCCACGGAAGAAACGAAUUAUAGAUGGGGAUUCCCACCUUGAGAAAAAUCCUGUUGUUAAUAAUGUGUUGGCUAACAAAAAUGAGAAGCCAAUUCAAUUUAAUGCAGCAACAGACUGGCACUUCGACUGGGCUGAAGAUAGCAGGAAGAAAGGCAUGGAUGUUGUUUCUUUUACAUUUACAGCUCCAAUGGUACGGUCAACAUGUGGUUCUGAGCCAUCUAGACAAGUGGCAGAGAAAAAUAAUGGCCUUUUCCCUGGUCACCAAGUUAAAAAAGUGCUAGUCAACUCAGACGGCAGGAAGUUAUCUUCACUGGGAUUUAAUGUGUUAGGUGGUGAUGCUUUGAGUGUUCUUCUCGAACAGAAAUUAAAGGAAUUAACUUAUGGAAUUGAACCUUCCCACCAUAAUUCAAUCAAAACUGGAGCAUCUUCUAAUACUGCAUCAAUCCUAGAGGAUUUGUUACCUGCUCUUAAUGCAGUAGGUGACAUGCCAAAGUUGCAUGACAAAAGGGACAAACAUGGGCUACAAGCAGGCAAAUAUGGUAGGCGUUUUGAUUCUGACCCGUCUUCAAGUGAACCACCAGAACUCCAGAAAAAAUACAAGUUUCAGGGAGCGGAAGAGGUGGGCGAAUGUAACAAUGGUCUUGUUGAAGCCUUACAGAUCUUUGACUGUCGACACCCUAGUCCAAUCUCCAUUCUUGAACCUUUUCCAUCCGAAAGUGGCAACUCUUCAGAUAGUGCAGGCACUGACAGUACAGAAGGAUGCAGGCCAUGCUCUUCCGUUCAAGCUCAGGAAGUGAUUGGUUUGGGCUCUUCAAAGAAAUUCUGUUCAGUGGAAACAGAUACCGAGUUAUCAGAUUCAGCUUCUUCAACGUCUACUGCAGUUAGAAAGCAUGCAACUACAGUAACCACAAUAGAUUAUGCGAGAUCAAACAAAUGGGAACUACAAUAUGUGAAGGAGAUACUUUGUAAUGUGGAAUUGAUGUUCAAAGAUUUUGCAUUGGGUAGAGCCCGUGAGAUCAUAAAUCCCCAUCUCUUUGAUCAGUUGGAAAGUCGAAAAGGUGGGUUGGACAUCAACGAAGGUGAAUCUGGGAGGAGAAGAAAGGUAUUAUUUGAUUGUGUGAGCGAAUGCUUGGACCUGCGAUGCAGGCGGUUCGUGGGUGGGGGAUGUGGAACAUGGAUGAAAGGGGUGACAGUGGUUAGAAGAAACAACUGGCUGGCAGAGGAAGUGUACAAGGAGAUCUCCGGGUGGAGAAGCAUGGGUGAUUGUAUGGUCGACGAGCUCGUAGAAAAGGACAUGAGCAGCCAGCAUGGAAGAUGGGUUGAUUUUGAGGUUGAAGCAUUUGGGAUUGGGGUUGAGAUUGAGGGUCAGAUACUUGGUUCUUUGGUUGAUGAAGUUGUGGCUGAUAUCUUGAUAUUAUGAGGAUGUCCAUUAGCGUGAUUUCCCUUCUUAUUUGAUGUGUUCAGUCUCUCCACAUGUGUUCUCUCUUGGGAACCAUUGUAUCUUUGGGAUUCUUAUUCAUAUUUUUU